AUGAAGGUGAAAAUGGAUGCGUUUGGGGAAGCAACGACGAAGUUUUUACAAUGGUUGAAUGAAGUCGGGCUUGUGAAAAUAUCUCCAAAGGUGAGCGUCGAAGAUAGAAGAAAAGUGAAUGAGGGCAGAUGUGUAGUGACCACAGAUAAUGUUCAAGCGAAAGAAAUACUGUUUGAGAUUCCAAGAGGGUCAAUUUUGAACGUGGCUACUUCGAAGCUCGGUGAAACGUACCCCGAAAUUGGUAAAGUUUUGCUGGAAGAAAUGGGUCACUGGGAAGGUCUGGUGCUGUGUCUUCUCUACGAGAUGAAUGCUUUGAAGGAGAAAAGCCGUUGGUGGGACUAUUUUUCGAUACUUCCAGAAAGAGGAUGUCUGCAGACACUUAUUUACUGGCCUGACGAAGAAUUGGAGCUUCUAAGACCGUCCCUUAUAGUCGAUCGUGUGGGAAAGAACGAUGCCAGAGAAAUGUUUGAUAGAAUCAAGGGCUAUGUGACGGAGUUUUCAGGUGAAUUCGCUGAAGAAAUAGGUGGCUUUACGUGGGAAGACUUUUUAUACGUCGCAAGUGUGAUCAUGUCAUACUCUUUUGAUGUAGAGAAUGCUAUUACUGAAGACAAAGAACUAGUUGAGGAAAAUCAAUCGUCAAAUGUCAAAAAUGACGGCUACAUGAAGUCAAUGAUACCGCUGGCUGAUACAUUGAACUCAGACACAAAAAAAUGCAAUGCGAAUUUGACAUAUGAUAUCGAGAACUUGAAAAUGUCAGCUACAGCUGAGAUACAGAAGGGUGCGCAGGUAUACAAUAUAUAUGGGGAUCAUCCAAAUGCAGAACUUCUGAGAAGAUACGGAUAUGUUGAAUGGGAUGGUUCCAAGUACGAUUUUGCAGAGCUACCAUUGUCGCUUAUCUUACAAAAAAUUACUCAAUACUUCAACGUGGAUGCAGAGUUAAUAGAGGCUUUGCUUGACAUAAUGAAGGAGAGACGGCAAUUCUUUGAUUUGUUUGAAGGCGAAGAAGUAAUUGUGAGCUCCUACGAUUGUUAUAGAGAUGCUCAAUUGCCAUUGGAAGGUGUUCUACUGAUUCAAAUAUUAUGCUUGUUUUUACAAAAGUCGAAUGCAAAGACUAUCAAAGGAUUAGAAAGGGAAAAGGAACUAUUCAUGAUUGCACAAAAAUCCAUAGAACUACUUAAAUCUAGUCGUGUUACAAAAAAAUGCCUCAAAUUAUGGGAAAUAUGUGUUGAAGCACGUCUAAGUAAUUAUCCAACGCACGCCUUUCGUGAAGUCUGCCCGGACCAUGAAUCGUAUUGUGAUAUUGAAAACCUACGGCAAUUAAUGGUUGACAGAGUUUUGCAGAGUGAAGUGGAAUCUUUGCAGGAUUGCCUUUUCGCACUAGAUUUGGAUUUUAGAUCUGUUGAUGAUUCGACAGCAUUUGAUAGUAUUCAAAAGAGGAAAAGGGUUCAAAAGAAACAAAAGAUGGUCAAAAAGGUUAAAAAGCAAAAUUAA